CAAUCUGAAAUGAGACCCACGUGUUCGUGCGUUAGCAAAUGCACUAAUACCAAGUCGGCGACGUACGACGAUUCUGAUCUGUUGGGUCCAGCUAUUCCUGGCAGUGUGGUGCUCGCCUCCGUCAAGUUCCUGUCUCGUCUUCUCACGUUGAUUAUCCUGACCACCUUCUCUAGAUUCAUCGCUAAUUAUCUACUGUCCGUUAUCGUCGUCACAGCUGUUCGAGAAUCGUCUAAGAAAAUUGUCGGCGUGUCACUUGAGCAAAAGAAUUAUGGUUCGGCCGUGCAUUCAAUAAUGAUCGCGUUGGACACAAAUAGUGCGAAUCACGGAAGAACUGCGUGAGAAGUGCAGAAUGUGUGAUUCUG